AUGGGAAGCAAAGAAGAUAAGAAAAGCAGUAGUGAGAAUGCAUCUGAAAAAGCCUGCUUCAUCAAAAAAUACCUCGAGGGCUGCAAAGAACAAAUUAAAAGCAAUGAAGUUAUAAUUAGUAUUGGCUCUGAAGCAUGCGAUCCAGAUUCCUUUGUCUGUUCCCUUGCAGUUGCAAUACACGAAAAGGCGAUUCCCGUGGUAAAUAUGUCAAGAACAGUCUUUGAAUCAAAAGGAGAUUUGCAAUACCUUUGUUCUAUAUUUAAGAUUUCCAACAACGACUUAAUCUUUUUAGAAAGGCCAAAGGGCAGGUUUUCACUACCUGCACGUAUUGUUGGAACCUCCUUCAAAGUAGGCGACAAGUCAUACAAAAUUGAAGAUAAGAAAAUGAAGCUCAUUUUAGUCGAUCAUCAUAAGCCAGUAGAGGAGCUGAGGCAUUGUGAACUUGAUAUGAUCAUUGAUCAUCAUGCAUUGAGUGAAGCCUCCUUGUUUGCCAGGAGAAUCUAUGUAGACAUUGAUGCUGGAUCUUGUUGCACUCUAGUUUCAAAGUUUAUUGGACACUCCUUAUUAGCAACUAAAAAUCCUAAGAACGAAUACUUCGAUAAGAUUCAGUUUUGUAGACAUCUUGCAAAGAUGCUUGCGAUACCCAUUCUGCUCGAUACAAACAGAUUCAGAAAGGUAACUUCACACUUUGAUCGGGGAGAAUUCAAAAAAUUGAUCAAAGCAGCCGAUGUCAAAAAAGAGGAUAUUGUGAAUAUAGUGAAAACAAUCAAAAAGGUAAGGUUAAAUGACAAGGAUCUUGACAAUGAAACAAUACUUUUGAAAGAUUUUAAGAAGUUCGACAAGGAUGGAAUGGUUUUUGGGUAUUCUACAGUUAAAUAUAGCUACGAGGAGUGGGUGGACAGAGAAGCCAAGAAUGUGAAUACAAGCUCAGAAAGCAAGGCAGGCUCGGUCCUAGAGGCCGCUUUUCAUGCAUUCAAGAGAGAGUAUGGGCUAGAUUUUCUACUUGUCAAUAGAAAAGCAGGUAAAAAGAGGUUUUUAAUAAUGGUUAGCUGUCCUUUCGAAAAGAAAUUAGCAGCCCAGCACAACUUUAAGCACGUGGAUUUUAAGGGCUUGCAUUAUUACGAGAUUGACGUUGAACUGAGUAGGAAAAUAUUAACGCCGGCGAUUAAGGAUUUGAUACACAACCUAUCAUUGAAAGAAUAA